AUGCUCAAGAUGAUCCUUAUAAUCUGUCUGCUGCUGCUGCUUCCCAAAGUGGCUCACUCGGCUGAGGGUCACUUUGCUCAGAAACUUCUGAAUGAUUUGAUGGAGAAUUAUUCCAGCGCUCUGCGGCCUGUGGAGGACACAGACAGUGCCCUCAAUGUCACCUUACAGAUCACCCUCUCUCAGAUCAAAGACAUGGAUGAGAGGAACCAGGUGCUGAUCGCCUACCUGUGGAUCAGGCAGACGUGGCAUGAUGCGUACCUGAAGUGGAAUAAAGAGGACUAUGAUGGACUGGAUGUGAUCCACAUCCCCAGCAGCCUGGUGUGGAGGCCUGACCUUGUCCUCUAUAACAAGGCCGACGAUGACUUCUCAGGGCCGAUGGAUACCAAUGUGAGACUGCGCUACAACGGAGAGAUAACCUGGGAUGCUCCUGCCAUCACCAAGAGUUCAUGUGUGGUGGACGUCUCCUACUUCCCCUUCGACAACCAGAAAUGCAACCUGACUUUUGGUUCCUGGACCUACAAUGGCAACCAGGUAGACAUCAUUAUGGGUAUGGACAGCGGUGACCUCUCAGACUUUGUGGCAAAUGUAGAGUGGGAGUGCGGCGGGAUGCCGGCCACCAAAAAUGUCAUCAUGUACGGCUGCUGCUCUGACCCGUAUCCUGACAUCACCUACACAGUGAUCCUGCAGCGCCGCUCCUCUUUUUACAUCUUCAACCUCCUCCUCCCUUGCUUCCUCAUCUCCUUCUUGGCUCCUCUGGGGUUCUACCUGCCUGCAGACUCUGGGGAGAAGGUUUCCCUGGGGGUGACGGUUCUUCUCGCUCUUACUGUGUUUCAACUAAUGGUGGCUGAGAGCAUGCCUCCAUCUGAGAGUGUGCCUCUUAUAGGGAAGUACUACAUUGCCACUAUGACCAUGGUCACAGCCUCCACAUCUCUCACCAUCUUCAUCAUGAAUAUCCACUUCUGUGGUGCAGAGGCCAAGCCAGUCCCACACUGGGCAAAAGUCCUCAUUAUUGACUACAUGUCCAAGAUUUUCUUUGUUUAUGAGGUGGGCGAGAACUGUGCCUCUGUAUCCUCCUCCUCCUCCUCUUCGUCUUCUCACUUCCCCCAGGAUGACAAUCACCACCAGAACCACAUUCAUGUGAAUGGUAAGCCAGGGAGCCAGAAUAGCCAGGACCGACAGGGUCACAAAUACCCUAGACCUCAGACCCCCAAGCCACAACACCAUCCCAGAGUCAAAGCCCAGCAUCACAUCACCAGAGAAGACAGGAGCCACCUCUCCAGUUAUGCACCUGGGAAAUAUGAAGGGUCUAAUGGGAAAAUUCUGACAGGUGGCUGCUGUAAAGAAGACCAGAAGGUCCCCUGCUACUCUGAAAACCAAAAGCUGCCAUGCUGCCCUGAAGACAAAAAACCUCCACCUCAAGGCCCCACUGUUACCUUUGGUCCCUGUGUGUUCUGUAGCCAUGGCAGUGCCCUCCCUGGUGUGGACACCAAGCUUGUGCGUAACGUUGAAUAUAUCGCCAACUGUUUCCGAGAGCAGAAGGCCACGUGCGCCAAAGGGGCCGAAUGGAAGAAGAUCGCGAAGGUGAUGGACAGAUUCUUCAUGUGGAUCUUCUUCAUCAUGGUUUUCCUCAUGAGCAUCCUCAUAAUUGGCAAGGCACCAUGACCAAGCAGCUGCUGCUUAUUAAUAUUUGACUCUUGACUUGGUCAAAUAAAAAUCAAAAAUCAA